AUGCAUUGCUUACAAAUAUGCCUUGAACCAUGAAUCAUGGAGAAUUUGAUGUAAGAUUCAGAGUUCUGAAACUUCUAAAAUCUUAUCCACUUUCUUAUAAUUCUAGCUCACCUUCACAACUGCCGCACCAUUACCCCUUUCCUCUAUAAUCUCCGCCUUUCAAGCCCAAACUUCAAUAACUUCUUCAUCUGCUUUCUUCUGCUUCUUCUACAUUCAGGCCUUGUUUGUGGUGUCCGCUGUUUGGCAAUGGCGGACAAAGUGAAAAAAAUCUUGUCCAGGCCCAUUCAGUUAGCUGAUCAGGUGGUCAAAGCGGCAGAUGAAGCCACACCCAGUAAGCAAGAUUGCGCCGAACUCAAAUCCAAGACGGAAAAACUCGCCGCACUGCUUAGACAAGCCGCUCGAGCCAGUUCAGACCUUUACGAGCGUCGUCCCACGCGCCGGAUCAUUGAAGACACCGAACAAGUCCUCGAGAAAGCACUGGCUUUAGUCCUCAAGUGCCGCGCCAAUGGAUUAAUCAAGCGCGUCUUCACCAUCAUUCCCGCUGCUGCGUUUCGUAAAAUGUCGUCGCAGUUAGAGAACUCAAUAGGAGAUGUUUCGUGGCUUCUCCGUGUAUCCGCUUUCGGGGACGACCGUGAUGAUGAGCACUUAGGCCUCCCACCGAUCGCUGCUAAUGAGCCAAUACUUGGUCUGAUAUGGGAACAAAUCGCUAUUCUGUGCACAGGCUCGCUUGAUGCCAAAUCCGACGCCGCAGCGUCGCUUGUAUCGCUUGCCCGUGGCAACGAUCGGUACGGGAAGCUGAUUAUCGAAGAAGGUGGGGUUGGGCCGUUGCUGAAAUUAGUGAAAGAGGGUAAGUUAGAAGGUCAAGAAAAUGCAGCCAGAGUCAUUGGGCUGCUUGGACGGAACGCUGAAAGGGUCGAACACAUGAUCCACAGUGGAGUUUGCUCAGUGUUUGUGAAAAUCCUCAAAGAUGGACCUAUGAAGGUACAAGCUGUUGUUGCGUGGGCUGUUUCUGAAUUGGCAGCCCAUUUUUCGACAUGCCAGGAUCUCUUUGCACAGCACAAUAUAAUUCGGCUGCUUGUUGGGCACCUGGCGUUUGAGACUGUUCAGGAGCAUAGUAAGUAUGCCAUUGCCAGUAACAAAGCUUCAUCUAUUCAUGCUGCUGUUGUUGCUAAUAGUAAGAAUUCUAAGAAUAAGCCUCAUGAUGAAGAUGAUGAGCACAUUCAGGUUCCUCAUCCAAUGGGAAACAGAGAUCUGAGUCAAAUGCAUAAUGUGGUUACAAAAACAAUUGCAAUGAAGGCUGGUUCAAAGGAGGUUGAGAAAGUAGGGAAUGUUGAAAAUCAGAGCAACAAUGUGGGAAUUAAUGGUUUUUCAAAGCAAAAUCAUCAGUUGCAGCAUCAGCAAAAUCUCUCUCUUUCGGGGGUUAGUUCAAAGGGGAGAGAACUGGAAGACCCUGAGACUAAGGCCUACAUGAAAGCGAUGGCAGCAAGGGCCCUUUGGCAUCUUGCCAAGGGAAAUUUACCCAUUUGUCGAAGCAUAACUGAAUCCAGAGCAUUGUUAUGUUUUGCAGUUCUUUUGGAGAAAGGAUCCGAAGAGGUUCAAUACAAUUCUGCCAUGGCAUUGAUGGAAGUCACAUCAGUGGCAGAGCAAGAUACUGAAUUGAGAAGAUCAGCAUUCAAGCCCAAUUCGCCCGCCUGCAAAGCUGUUGUUGAUCAGCUAUUGAUUAUCAUUGAAAAAGCGGAUUCUGCUCUUCUUAUUCCUUGCAUUAAGGCCAUUGGGAAUUUGGCUAGGACUUUCAGAGCAACAGAAACAAGGAUAAUUGCUCCAUUGGUUAAACUUCUUGAAGAAAGAGAAACUGAAGUUUCUAGGGAGGCUUCAAUUGCGCUUACAAAGUUUGCCUGCAGUGAUAAUUAUCUGCACAAUGAUCACUCCAAGGCAAUUAUAAGUGCUGGAGGGGCAAGGCACUUGGUUCAGCUUGUGUAUUUUGGAGAACAAAUUGUUCGGUUAUCAGCUGUGGUUCUUCUAUGCUACAUUGCAAUGCAUGUACCAGAGAGAGAGGAACUUGCCCAAGCUGAAGUGCUCACUGUGCUAGAAUGGGCAUCUAAGCAGAGCUGCAUGUUCCAAGAUGAAAUAAUUGAACCAUUGUUACAGGAUGCUCGAAGUAAACUGAAACUUUUUCAGUCCAGAGGUUCAAGGGGAUUCCAUGGAUUCAAUCAAAUUCAAAAGUAAUUUGUUGUUUCUGUUUCAUCAUUCUGAUUAAGUGUACAUAAAUGUAGAUGUUAUCCUGUAAUAGUUUAGGAGUAUAUUCAGUCCAUAGCAAAGCAGCUUCUGCUACUUUUUUGAGCUUUUCCAUUUGCUAAUGUUAAGUUUCAUGGCUCAACUCAAGCCACAUCACACCAAUUAUUAGUUUGGGUAUUUGUCA